AAAUGGUUCCAUCAAAUCUUGGGGAAGAAAUGUCUACUGAAGUAGUUUUACCACCUGAGUGGGAGGACGAUGAACGGAUGAAUUUCCUGUUCUCUGACUUUAAAGAGAACCGAGAUGUCAGCACAACAGAUUGGGACAGUAAAAUGGAUUUCUGGACAACACUCAUUCUUAAAAUCUGCAGGAGUCGCGGAACCGUCUGUGUUCAUUUGCAGGAGCUGAACAAGAUUUUUCAGAGAAAGGGAAUUAUGCCUUUGGGUUUGGGUACUGUCAUUCAGUGCAUGGCCAGGUAUAAUAUCAAUGAAAUGCCAUCUUCUAAAGUGUGAGCAAAAUAUAGCCUACUUAAAAGUGCCCUAGUCCCACUUUCCUUACCUGACUGUACUUGUUUGUAUUUCUGGCAGGUGUGGAAAGAUGCAAAGGGAGUCAGAGUUUGCAGCAAAUGUAGACUGUGGGUGGGUGUCUUGGGGUGUUGGUCUGUUGCUGGUGAAGCCUUUAAAAUGGACAUUUUCAACUCUUCUGGGUAGCAGUGGGGUUACUUUGAAGGAGUCGUUUGUCGUCAUCGAACUAGUAAAGGUGUGCAUUAUUAAUUAAUUCAAAACAUGUUAACGGGCAACUAGCAUUUAACACUAACCUCUUACUUAUGUUCUGUAUGUUUCCUCCAGGAGAAGGCAGCAGAAUUGCUUGGUGUCUACCGGAGCUCCCAAGUGGCCAACCACUCUCUCCUGUCCUUCCAGGAGCUCCGUACACUGUCGUCCGAUGUCUGUGUUGACGAGAGUACCCUGUGUAUGGCUCUGCUACAGCUGCAGAGGGAGAAGCAGGUGACAGUAUCACUGCAUGAAGGCGAGAAGGUGAGGAUAAUAGAAUCAUUAAUUUAAGUGAGCAUAUUAUUACAUGUACAGUCGUGGUCAAACGUUUUGAGAAUGACAGGUAUUGGUCUUCACAAAGUUUGCUGCUUCAGUGUUUUUAGAUAUUUUUGUCAGGUGUUACUAUGGUAUACUGAAGUAUAAUUACAAGCAUUCCAUAAGUGUCAAAGGCUUUUAUUGACAAUUGCAUUAAGUUUAUGCAAAGAGUCAAUAGCUGCAGUGUUGACCCUUCUUUUUCAAGACCUCUGCAAUCAGCCCUGGCAUGCUGUCAAUUAACUUCUGGGCCACAUCCUGACUGAUGGCAGCCCAUUCUUACAUAAUCAAUGCUUGGAGUUUGUCAGAAUUUGUGGGUUUUUGUUUGUCCACCCGCCUCUUGAGGAUUGACCACAAGUUCUCAAUGGGAUUAAGGUCUGGGGAGUUUCCUGGCCAUGGACCCAAAACUUCAAUGUUUUGUUCCCCGAGCCACUUAGUGAUCUCUUUUGACUUAUGGCAAGGUGCUCCAUCAUGCUGGAAAAGGCAUUGUUCGUCCCCAAACUGUUCUUGGAUGGUUGGGAGAAGUUGCUCUCGGAGGAUGUGUUGGUACCAUUCUUUAUUCAUGGCUGUGUUUUUAGGCAAAAUUGUGAGUGAGCCCACUCCCUUGGCUGAUAAGCAACCCCACACAUGAAUGGUCUCAGGAUACUUUACUGUUGGCAUGACACAGGACUGAUAGUAGCGCUCACCUUGGUGCCCCAAACAAUCGUAAAGGGGAUUCAUCAGAGAAAAUGACUUUACCCCAGUCUUCAGCAGUCCAAUCCCUGUACCUUUUGCAGAAGAGAAGUGGCUUCCUUGCUGCCCUUCUUGACACCAGGCCAUCCUCCAAAAGUCUUCGCCUCACACCUGCCUGCUGCCAUUCCUGAGCAAGCUCUGCACUGUUGGUGCCCCGAUCCAGCAGCUUAAUCAACUUUAGGAGACGGUCCUGGCGCUUGCUGGACUUUCUUGGGCACCCUGAAGCCUUCUUCACAACAAUUUAACCUCUCUCCUUGAAGUUCUUGAUGAUCCGAUAAAUUGUUGGUUUAGGUGCAAUCUUACUAGCAGCAAUAUCCUUGCCUGUGAAGCCCUUUUUGUGCAAAGCAAUGAUGACGGCACGUGUUUCCUUGCAGGUAACCAUGGUUAACAGAGGAAGAACAAUGAUUUCAAGCACCAACCUCCUUUUAAAGCUUCCAGUCUGUUAUUCUGACUCAGUCAGCAUGACAGAGUGAUCUCCAGCCUUGUCCUCGUCAACACUCUCACCUGUGUUAACGAGAGAAUCACUGACAUGAUGUCAGCUGGUCCUUUUGUGGCAGGGCUGAAAUGCAGUAUAAAUGUUUUUUGGGGAUUAAGUUCAUUUUCAUGGCAAACAGGGACUUUGCAAUUAAUUGCAAUUCAUCUGAUCACUCUUCAUAACAUUCUGGAGUAUAUGCAAAUUGCCAUCAUAAAAACUGAGGCAGCAGACUUUGUGAAAAUGAAUACUUGUCAUUCUCAAAACUUUUGACCACGACUGUACAGUAACUCAUACCAUUAUCCAUGAGCUUUCACACAGAUUGUUUUGAGGAUAAUGUCACUGUAUCAGGGUUGCAUUGAGCCAAUGUUUUUUUUUUUUGUCUGUACAGAUUGUGAAGUUUUCUCAGCCAGGACAGGAUCAUGUGUCUCCUGUCAGUGAUGUAGACCUAGGCAUCUACCAGCUGCAGCACAGUGAGAGACUGCUUGAAGAGAGGGUGGAGGCAUUGGGACUAGAGGCAGAGAAGUGCGUCCCUGACACACCAUUAAGUGUUGUCUCGUGCAGUGCAGUGUCUUCAGUCUGAGAAAUAAAUGUGAUGUUAUAAGAUUGUGUGUGAUUUCUGCUUGUGCUGUGUUAUCUGUUUGUAGGUGCAAAGAAGAAGCUAGGGUGUUGCUGCGGGAAGGGAAGAAAUCUCAGGUCGAUUUACAAUCCUAUGAUCCUGUGUUGACUUUUUGUCUUUCACCAACUCAAAUGCUGUCUGGGAAACCUCAAUUAAUUUCUCUCCCCCAGGCCCUGAGGUGUUUGAGAAGCCGAAAGAGAGUCGAGAAGAAAGCAGACCACUUAUAUGCCCAGCUGGAAAAUGUGAAGGGAAUCCUGGACAGGAUAGCAAACUCACAGACAGACAAACUGGUGAGUAUGCACUUGAUACAUUGACAUUCAAAUAUCUAACAAAACAGAGCAAGCUAAAGUUAGCCUAAAAGUACAAUGUGGGUAAUUUGUGGCCAAUGUUAUCGCUCUCCUAAGUCCCACAUACAGGAACUAAGGUCCUGUGUUCUCUUUAUAUCAAUCUUUCUGCAUGCCUCUAUAGGUGAUACAGGCGUAUCAGGCUGGAGUGUCAGCCCUGCGACUCUCUUUGAGGGAUGUGACCGUAGAAGGAGCUGAGAGCCUUGUGGAUCAAAUCCAAGAGGUCAGACUCUUCUUUACCGGGACUGCAUUUAGAUACUAUUAUUGAGCUGUUGCAUGUCCACACCAGUCUAAAUGUAUUUUCUCACUGUUUGAUAUUACAGUUGUGUGACACUCAGGGUGAAGUUAACCAAAUUCUGGCAGGUGGAGCGCUCAACUCAAGUAUGUCCUAUUCCAUAUUAUACAGCUACUUAGUUGUAGUGCCAAACUGAGCCAAUUUCAUAAUCAAAGUGCCAAAGUCCAGAGGGACUGACAAAUGAUCCUAUUCCUAUUUGUUUAGCGGAUGCAGACGGGCUGGAGGAUGAGCUAAGAUCUUUAUUGGAGAACUCUACUCUGGAUUGGCCUUCCACGCUACCUGAAGUAUCGUCACACCCUCUUUCACCUGUCAGGGAAUCUGGUUCCUUUUGUGAUGAUCUGCUGAGCGCUUUGCCCUCAGUCCCUCAAAGCCACUUCAAUAUCACAGAUGAUGAACUGGACAAAGAGUGUAGUCGCAUAACCCUUGCAAAUACAGGUAUGCCUCUGUCUUGUUCCUUUAUCUUUCAAAUACUACCACAAAAGAGGCUACUGAAGUAACCUUUGUUUACUCAUCACUCCCUAUAGGUCUUCAACAAAAAUAUCAUACCUCUCCAGUGAAGAGGGCUGAGCCUGCACAGUGACAACGCUAAUAAAAAUAUGUCAACUGCAAUAAUGAGCCCUGACCCUAAAAGAGUGUCUGGACAUGGUGAUCAAAAAUAAUUGGGUGUUGUCAUUUGUAACAGGUCUGUGAUCACUGAUCAGGGACUUCCUUUUUAAAUGCACUUAUACAGGGGCGUCAAACUCAUUCUAGUGAUUGCUGGUUUUCUUUAUUAACUUUCAGUUAAGACCUAGACAACCAGGUGAUGGGAGUUCCAUACUAAUUAGUGACCUUAAUUCAUCAAUCAAGUACAAGGGAGGAGCAAAGACCCGAGGCCCUCUGUGGAAUGAGUUUGACACAUGCACUUAUAGAUGGCCUUUGUAAGUUUAUGUAUCACUCAAUCUAAUAAAUAUAUCGGUAACAAUUAUGAUGCCAAAUUAUAUAAAGCCACUAUUUC